CUUGUUAGCGUGCGGGUGUGCACGGCUCUGAUCCACGCCUUCACGCCCUGAUCAAGAUUCAGGUGCCGAAGAAGCUCUGCUCCGCCUAGCGUCUGUCAACAUGACCGCGGAAGCAAAUUUUCUCAUCUUCGUCCUUCUGGCGACGUGCUGCAACGGCGGUCACUCGUCAGCGCUGCCCCUAAGCCUUCGUCGCGACUCAGCCCAAGAUUCAACAGCGCAAAAUUCAACACCGCAAGAUUCGACAGCGCCGUCCGUUCUCGACGAAGUUCAACAAACUAUAGCCAUCUCAUCAUCAUCAGACGCAGAUCCUCUGAUCUCGUCUGCUAGUGCAACCCCAGGAAUAUUUGCCCAAAACAACUUUUUAGAUUACAAUAAAAAGAGUGAUAGCAACGUAGAGCUACCGGAAAAUCUAUCUCUAAUUUCAACAACACAAUCAAGGAUAACAAAUGGUGGAUCAAAUUCAUCAACGCAUCAUGAUUCAGCCGAAGAGAAUAAUUCUGAACGUGAAAAUAUAUAUCCUGUUAACGAAGAUUUGCUACAUCUUGACAAAGGCGCUGCUGUUAUCGCCAAUCCACCUGUUCUUGUCAACGAGGAAAAGAUAACCGAAAGAGAGGAAUUCUCAGAGAAACCAAAAUUGGCUGGCAAUUUUACCGUAAACCAGAUUUCCACCAGUAGCCGUAUUGCGCCAGAUGAACAGAUUUCGUUUCUAGGAGGAUUUUUCUCCCCGGAAAAUGAGACCACGACGGAAGGAGGCAAAGCAAUAAAUUCGAAAAUAUAUUCAAACAUAGACAAUUACGAAUCAAGGCGGGCGCUGAGGCCUCUGGCUAGAAGAAGAGGAAAUGCAAGAACUGUGGCGACCUCGAAGUCUUCCAUGAAUAAAUCCAUGAUGGUGAUGCCCUAUCAGUUCGGGUUCAGCGUAGAGGACCCCAGCGAAGGAGUGUACCACCACAGGACGGAGGAACAGCCUAACUCAGGUCCUCUAGUAGGAUCCUACUCCUACCUACGCUCCGACGGCGUCUACAUGACAGUCAGAUACACAGCAGGAAAAGACGGCUACAGAGCGCGGGUAUACGAGACAACUCCCCCCGACAGCACUCGACUGAAGGAGACCUCGCUCACGAAGGCUGGCAACCGCAAGCAACCAACACUUGCUCGACCUGCCGAUCCCGAUGUCAUCAGGCAGGAGGCCUCCAAUAACUACUUCGUUCAACAAAACAUUAGGGAUUCAAACUCCCCAGCAAGUCUUGCUAAUAAGGACACCCCAAUCGUAGGCAAGACCUCCAUUGUUCCUGGCGUUACUUACUCAGAUAAGACAAAAGCUGUGGGGGUAGUUGGAACGUCUGUAUUUGGUGGACCAGCCGUAGGCCAAAAUUUUGAAGCCAUUCCCUACCAAAUCAAGACUCAGCGUCCUCAAGCCAUUCUCGGUGCUCCUGCAUCGCAUUUAGGUUUUGUUCGAACGCCUUCACAAAUUCUAAGAGAGAAAUUCCGUGAGACGUACCAGGCUCAGCAAAACUACCAAAGACAGCAGCUUGAGGAGCUUCUCAGACUCCAGCAAAUCAAUCAACAGAAUCAAAUACGCGAUCAACAAACUCGACACGAGCAGCAACUUCUGAAUUUCCCGAGCCUCAUUCAACCACAACCAGUAGAUUCUGGGCAAUUUGUGGUCAAUCCAUCAGUUAGUGAUGCAGUUCCACUAGGUAAUGUACCUGUCGAAUAUGAGCCCCCUAUGCGAAAUUUAGGAACCGAUGCUACAGAUUAUUUACCUGACAGCGAAAUUCCUAUUAAUGUUCAGUUGACGCCUGCACCUGUGAGCAUCCCUACUGACGAUGAAGGAGCGAGCGUUGUAUUUAAUGAGGAUCGAAUUCAAGUUCAGGAUUUAGAGGCAGGCGAAUUAACAACCGACGAUCUCGUUGAAGAAGAUUUUCUUGUGGGGGCCGAAAAUGCGAAAAGCAAAGUCGCUGAUUUGGAACAAGAAAACGGAGUGUUGAAAGAAAACUUUGAAAAGAAAGAAAACGAUGUUAUCAUAGAAAACGUAACAGCGGAAGCACAUUUAUUGCCGGAUCCUGCAGGGCCUCUAGAGUACUUCUUUCCUACGACAAACACUGGGAAAGAAGAAGUCACUUACCCUGAGAAUUAUCAGCCUGCUUCGUUUGCACCGAAUUAUCCCUUACCGCAAAAACUCUACCCUGUAGUGGAGGCUGAAGGCACUCGCCAAAAUCAACACAAUAAUCAUUAUCAGGCGCCAUACCAUUAUCAAGAACCACUCCUGCCUCACACACAAUUACAGCCUCAAGGACAGUUACCUCUUCAUCUACCAUUCCAGCCUCAGGAGCAAUUGCCGCUUUUCCAGAUUCAACCACAGUUACAAAAUCAACAACCAUUCAACACAUUCAAUUAUCAAGAAAAAUAUCAGCCUCAGCAACCAGUCCAGCAUCAGCAACCAGUCCAGCCUCAGCAACCAGUCCAGCCUCAGCUACCAGUCCAGUCUCAGCAACCAGUCCAGCCUCAGCAACCAUUCCAGCCUCAGCAACCAGUCCAGCCUCAGCAACCAGUCCAACCUCAGCAACCAGUCCAG